AUGGAUGAGAACUACAUCCUCCUGCCACACGGGGUCAAUUUCCAGGAGGCGAUUUUCCCGGAUACCCAGGAGAACAGAAGGAUGUUUGCCAGCCUUUUCCAGUUUUCUAACUGCUCGCAGGCGCAGCAUGUGUUGAGCUUCUCCAGUGACUGGGAGAUUCAAGAGGACAACCGGCUCAUGUGCUCCUCAGUCCAGAAAGCCCUAUUUGAGGAGGAGGACAGAGUGAAGAAGCUGCAGCAGAAGGUGGCGACACUGGAGAAGCGCAACAAACAGCUGCGAGAUCGGGUGAAGAAAGUCAAGAGGUCUCUCCGGCAAGCCAGGAAGAACACCCGGCACAUGGAGCAGAUGAACCGAAAGCUCAGUGAGAAACUUUCCUCUGCAGGUGGUCAAAUCCCCUAUAUUAACUCUUUGAAGCAGGAGAACUCUCAUGCUACCUACCUUAAAGUAUAAUGCAAGGGUAAGUGCUCAGGCCAAUGAGAAUGGCGAAUUUUGCCUGUGUUAGAUCAGGAUCUGGCCCUCACACUUUGUCUACACUGUGUUUCAAACCUUGCAUGGAAAAUGAAUCUGAACUUGCUUUAGACAGUGCUAGAUUAAACAGGAAUGCAAACCGUCUUUGGCUGGGUGUUGGAGGCGCAGCCCAAAGCCAUGUCCUCGCUGUCCUCGGUGGACAUAGGGCCAGACUGUAAUCUGUGCUUCUCAGCCCUUAUGCCGCCUCACCCUCAUCACCGAUUUUAGGUUGCCUUUGAUGAAAGUGCCAGUUCAGCCCCAUGGGCCAUUGCAGGCACUUGACACAGGAGCUCUUCGUGGAAGGAUCUGGUGCCAACUUACCUCCUCCACAUGGGCUGGGCAAGCAAGGCUGGGGGGGGAUAUGUGGAGAUGGAUGCUGUAGGAAGGAUGCAGGCAUGAAUGCUCUUUGCUCCAUCACCCGCCCCAAGCCCUCAUCCUCCCUUAAGCUUUACUAAAGUCUACAACCAGUGUCUGAGCAAAGGCUAUGUCCGGGACACAUAGUCAGUUUGGGCCCCUCUUCAAAGUGAAGUAUAGAUGUUCCCAGAUUGUCUUAAGACUGUUUCUAAAUAUCCCUAAAUAUUCUAAAUAAAAUAUCUAAUAUUUUUUAUUUUACCAGGAAGUGCCUCAAGGGUCACAGUAACUCCCUCAGGUGCCUUCAGCGUUGCCCAGCCAACAGGGUUGGAAACCACGUCAUUUUGGGACUGUGUCUAGGACCUAAUCCAGCUCCUGCAGUCAGGAUUGGACUUAGCGUGACUAUUAACAGGUGCUGGAUCAGGCCUGGAAGACAAUUUCAGAUCCCGUUUUCACGCAGGUUUAAUUUACAGUGUGGACAAGGCUUCAAGUUUUGUUAUCACUGUUUGAGGUAUAAUGGAGGUUGCUGGGCAGCCUCACUUAAUUACACUUAGAUACUGUAGAGACCACAUCAAUAUCAACAGGGCAUUAAAAAUUAAGGUAGUUUAUAUAUGUAUAUAUUUUAAAAUCCUAUAGAAAAUAUUUUUAUUACACAUU